UUUAACCUUCAGUUUUCAGCUCAGCUCCCUGCAGAAGGACCGUCUGUGUGUGUGUCCCAGCAGCUGUGUUUUGUAUUGCUUUUAAAUAUAUAUAUAUGUGUGUGUGCGCGUGAGGGAGUGUGUGUUUGAGCCCACAGGACGGGAAACAUGAGGCGUCUGCUGCUGCUGCUUCUGGGGCUCCUGCUGCUCCACGAGGGCCGCUGCUUUGAGUUUGUAAUCGACGGAGAAUGGGAGGAUGAGCUGACACAUGUUCAUGAUCAUUAUGAGAGAAACAAGAGAGCGAUAUUGACCAGCGAGGAGCAGGAAGACUUUGAGGCCAUCCGUGGAGAUGACAUCACCGUCAAGAGCUACAAGGUGGAGAGCCGCAUCACGUCGCGCUUCGCCCACACCACCGUCAGGAGCUCCGUGGUCAACUCGGGCUCCAAAGCUCAAAGCAUCGGCUUCAACGUCCAGAUCCCCAAAACAGCUUUCAUAUCCAACUUCACCAUGAAUGUGAACGGGAUUACAUUUGUGGGCUCAGUGAAGGAGAAGACAGUGGCGAGGAACCUUUACGCCCAGGCCAGAGCCAGAGGCAAGGCAGCCGGGAUCGUCAGGUCGAACUCCCAUUUAGAGACCUUUAAGACCGAGGUCCAUGUUCCCCCGGGCAGUAACAUCGAGUUCGAGCUCCACUACCAGGAGAUGAUGCACAGGAGGCUGGGCUUCUACGAGCACUCGCUAUUCCUGCAGCCCGGGAGACUGGUGCCUCAGUUCCAGGUGGAUGUGUACAUCUAUGAGCCGAAGGAAUUUCCAGAGUAACCGACCGAGCACCUCGGAGAGAAUUUUGCAAACCUGAUCAAAGUGACACAAACAAAAGAAAAGGCUCAUAUUGCCUUCAAACCAAACCUGCAGCAGCAGAGAAAGUGUGACAACUGCACAGACAGCGCUAUAGACGGCGCCUUCACUGUAAGAUAUGAUGUCAACAGAGAGAGCAAUGCCGGGGAAUUACAGGUCUCAGACGGACACUUUGUUCAAUUCUUUGCUCCUACCAACCUCUCUCCUCUCCCUAAAAACAUAGUGUUUGUCAUUGAUGUCAGCGGAUCCAUGUGGGGAGUCAAGAUGAAGCAAACAGUGGAGGCCAUGAAGGCUAUAUUGGAUGACCUGACCAUUGAUGAUCAAUUCAGCAUCAUUGACUUCAACCACAACGUGCGCUGCUGGAACGAGGAGCUGGUCCACGGAUCCUCCAUUCAGGUUGCGGAUGCCAAGAAAUAUGUCCAGAACAUCAAACCCAACGGAGGUACCAACAUUAACGAGGCGCUGAUGAGGGCGGUUCAGAUGCUGGUGAAGGCGUCCAAUCAGGGGCUCAUCGACCCUCGGUCUGUCUCUAUGAUCAUUCUGGUGUCUGAUGGAGACCCCACUGUGGGCGAGAUCAAGCUCAGCGCAAUCCAGAAGAACGUGAAGCGUGUGAUGAGGGAGGAGUACUCUCUCUUCUCAUUGGGUAUCGGCUUUGACGUGGACUAUGACUUCCUGGAGCGGAUCGCCAUGGAGAACAGGGGCAUGGCUCAGAGGAUCUACGCUAACCAUGACGCUGCAGAACAGCUCCGGACAUUUUACAGCCAGGUCUCCUCUCCUCUGCUGAGACGAAUCACCGUUCAGUUCCCAGAAGACACCGUGUCCGACGUUACCCAGAACAGCUUCGACAAAUACUUCAGCGGCUCGGAGAUAGUGGUGGCUGGAAAGGUGCUCCCGUCCGACAGCAACACCCUGACCAGCUUCACCACCGCAUCUGCCGCCCGCCUUGACAUCACCCUGGAGACAGAGGCCGACACCUUGGUGCUGGACCAGGAGCUGGCUAAGCAGCAGCACUCGUUCACCGGCUUUGCAAAGCAGCUGUGGGCCUACAUCACUGUGAAACAGCUGAUCUCUGAAAGGUCUUUGGCUCCGACCGCUGUUAAGAAGAGGAAGAUCACACAGCGGAUCAUGGCGCUGGCUGUGGAGCAUCAGUUCGUCACUCCUCUCACCGCCAUGUUGGUGGAGAGCGAGGACGCCACAGAGAGGCUGCUGGCUGACUUCCCCAAAGACCCUAAACAUGGCUGCUGCUCAGGAAUGGGAGGAGGACCAGGAGGAUCAGCGUCCUCUAAUCUGGCUCCAGUCCGUGUCGUCUACGAGCCUCCACCCUGGGUCCAGAUGCCCACACCGGCUCCCCCGAGUGAAGCCGCCAAGGGUCCCGAGGAGCAAACAGUACCUCACAAGGUCACCUUAGUGGACAACGACCCUCACUUCAUCGUCCACCUGCCUAUAAGUGACACGUACGUGUGCUUCAACAUCGACUCCAAACCUGGUCACAUACUUAACCUGGUGUCUGACCCUGGAACAGGUUUGCUGGUAAAUGGUCAGCUCGUUGGCUCAAAGCAGAUGAAAAAGAACAAACUGAACACCUACUUCGGCACCAUCUUAGUGUACUAUCAGCCCGAUGGAGUCAGUGUGACCAUCGGCACCGACAGCAUCACCAUGACUGACGGCAGGAACAACAACUCCUUCACUUGGGGGGCAACAGCUGAAAUCAGACAGGACGGUGUGCGGAUUUCUAUCGUAAAGAACUCCCAUGUUUCCAUCGUGAUAAACAAUAACAUCCAGAUGAUGGUGUUACUACACCGAGUGUGGAAGAAAAAUCCAAUUAGCGUUGACUUCCUCGGUAUCUACAUUCCCAACGACAACCAGUACUCCCCUCUGGUCCAUGGACUCAUAGGACAGUUUCACAGAGAGCCGGAGCUAAACGUGUUUAACUUUCAUGAAGGAGUCGACCCUCUGAAGAGGGAGGCCACCAUGGAUGUGAAGGGCAACAGGCUGCAAGUCACCAGGGGCUGGCAGAAGGACUACAGGUUGGAUAAGAAGCACGGCUCAAAUGUCUACUGCUGGUUCAUUCACAACAGCGGGAAGGGCUUCAUCGACGGCCACUACACCGACUACAUCGUCCCCAAUCUCAACAGCUUCCUGCAGACGCACUGAGCAGCUCCAAGAGAUGUUCGAGUAUUAUUUGCUGCGAUUAAUCCCAUCCGUCAUUUACCUUAAAAAAUGAAAAAAAAAAGGAGGUGUGUGCGUCUACAUUUCCUGGAAUCAGUUUCUUUUUAAAAUAAUAAUAAAUGUUUCUUUCCUGUUUAUGUUUUUCCAAAACAUCCGCAGAAGUCACUUUGCAUCAAUUUAUUUGGAGAAAAUGUACAUCUACAAAUUUAAGAUCAACUUGAUACAAAAUAAAAAAAACACAAGUUGAACACA